GUAUCCUCAGCUCGAGGUAUCAAUGCUUAUGGAAAUACCUCAGUGGUACAGAUAGGUAACGUUUCAGGCUAUAUCGAUACGCCAGACCCACCAACGAUUAUCAGCUAUUUGCCUGGGCUCCUGUACAAAUUUAGCUGUAGCUAUCCACUGGAGUACUUGGUUAACAAUACCCAGCUUGCUUCGUCAUCAGCUGCUAUUUCUGUAAAAGAGAACAAUGGUACAUUUAUCAGCACUUUGAAUUUGUUGCUUUACAAUGAUUCAACCUACAGCCAGCAGCUCCUUAUUCCAAGUACAGGUUUACCUUUGAAAACCAAAAUAUAUGCAGCUGUAAGAGCAACAAACCUUGAUGGCAGGUGGAAUGUUUUGAUGGACUACUGUUACACCACGCCAUCUGGUAAUCCUAGCGAUGAUCUUCGGUAUGAUCUUUUUUUCAGCUGCGACAAGGACCCGCAGACAACUAUAAUUGAAAAUGGCAAGAGCCAAAUGGGGCGGUUUUCCUUUGAGGUGUUUCGCUUUGUGAAGCACAAGAACCAGAAGAUGUCUACGGUCUUCCUCCACUGUGUGACAAAGCUGUGCAGAGCAGAUGAUUGUCCCUUUCUUGUGCCAAUUUGCAGUAACAGAGAAAGAAGAGACGCUGGUGGGAGGACAACUUGGAGUCCUCAGAGCACCUCCGGCAAUGCUGUGAUCUCUGCUGGCCCCAUCAUUACAAGGAGUGAUGAGACGCCAACCAACAAUUCACUGCUUGCUCAUACAAAUGGACCUCCUUUCCAGCUGAACUCAGUCACCAGCGCGCUGAUUUCAGGCACUGUCAUCCUAGGAAUCACGAGCGUUUUCUUUUUUGUAUGUUCCCUAACUCUUCUGCACAGAAAGUGGCCCAACAGUUCGGUCUUGAGUGGCAUUCGAAAUCCAGUUUUCAACUGA